AUGUUUAGCGUCAAGGCAAUUAUAGUACCACUAGCAGGCCUAGGUAUUGUAUGCUGGGCCAUAGCCGCCAACAAGGGGGUUUCCGCAGAUAAGCUGGUGGAUGAGUCGAAGCGAGAAUCAACUUCCAUAUUUGCAUGGGCACUUGUUUCUCAGCUCAAUGCUGUUUUAGGCACCAACUCGGCGUUGAUUGUUACAGUCCCCGAUCUUGCUCGGUAUUCAACAACUCGAAACGCCCAGGUAUAUGGGCAGGCUCUCGGGUUACCUCUAUCUCAAACUAUAUGCGCAGCAUUUGGAAUUAUCACCACGGCUGCGGUGAAGAACAUGUAUGGAGAAGCAUACUGGAAUCCUUAUGAUCUACUUAAUGGCAUACUUGAUCAUGGCUACACGCCAAAAGCGCGGGCGGGAGUUUUCUUUGCAGCUGCUUCCUGGGCAUUUGCAACUCUUGGAACAUCUAUUGCCUGCAAUGCCGUGCCAUUCGCCGCAGAUAUCACCUGCCUUGCACCAAAAUACGUAAACAUUGUUCGAGGACAGUGUAUUUGGUUGGUCAUUUCCUUAGGCAUCGUGCCAUGGCGCCUUGUUGGUACUGCAAGCAGCUUCCUCCGAUUCCUGACUGGAUACUGCAUCUUCCAGGGCCCCGUUGUCGGAAUUAUGAUGGUCGACUACUUCCUUGUCCGACGAGGAAACCUCUACUUACCGGAUCUAUAUCGCCACUCAUCUACCGCGAGAUACUACUUUACCAAGGGGUUCAACCUUCGUGCCUUUGCUGCAUUCGUCAUUGGUGCCUUGCUCCCCCUACCAGGUCUGAUAGGCAGUUUUGGCAACCCCGUGUCCAGCGCGGCAGAUCAUAUGUUUUCUCUCGGCUGGGUACUUAGCUUUUUGGUUGGUGGUCUUGCAUACUGGGCUCUCUGUGUGGUGUUCAAGGUUCCUGGUGAAGACACGCAUUAUGGGUUUGAGGAGAAGGUGGGAGAGGCAGAGGAGAUGGUAUGUCAAGGUGGCGACGAGUAUUCUCCCUCCUUUGAAGAGAAGGCGGACCCAGCUUCACCAGCUGAGGAGAUUGAGCAGAUACGGGCAUCAUGUCCAUAG